AUGGUUUGUGGGCAGAUUCUCUCUUGCCGCAGGCUUUGUCGCCCUCGGCCCUUCCUUCUGGUGCUGGUGGUGGGUGUCUAUCUUUUCUACCAGAUCCUUCCACCUAUACGGACCAAACGAUUCUUUUUGGCGGUUGAUAAUGGGAGUUCACCAAACAAACUAGCUGCGACACAGCAAGAGAGAUACAAGGAGGUCUCCUCAAGGAACACUCAUUGCUUCCUCCCUUCCAGUAAUUCACAAACAGUGAAUAAGAUCGAAGACUCCAUUCUUAAGUACUUUGGGAGUCAUACAAGAAGAGCAAUUUUGUACGUUCCUCCUUCCCAUGGUAAAAAAGAACUUCAGCUAUAUCAGCGCAUCCUAGCACAAUACGGAUAUACAGUGACAGUCCUUGAAGACAGGAAACUGAUUGUAGGCCUUGGACAUGAGCACCACUACCAAGGCAAAUUAAGCUCUUGGGAUCUUCUGAUUUGCUUAUCUUCCAGUAAAACCGAUGAUACAGACUGCUUUCCAAUAGAUGACUUCCAUCAGUUAGAAUUAUUCCAGAAGGUAAAUACACUCCCAGAGAUUCAGCACUUGCUUUGCAGAAAAGAAGGAUUAUGCCAGAUAAUUAGAGCGUUCCCAGGACUGCACCUUCCAAUUACUUUCCCUGGAUGCCUGGAUCAGCAUGUGUUGUCAAAGACAAUCAUUGCAAGUGGCCCUUCUCAGCCUGUGAAGUCACAUGAGGGUGAUGAAAGGACAAAUUUUGCCCAUCUGUGGUACUUGUGGAGCCGGACCAAUAGUGCACAGCUGAGUUCUAUACCAGCUCCAGCUGACCACAAAGAGCUCUUUAAAGCUCAAGACCUUUCCAUCAUCAUUAAAGCAUAUGUCCUAGUGACAUCCUUAACACCUUUGCGGGCAUUCAUUCAUUCAACUGCCAUUGUCCGGCUUCCUCCCAAGAAGAAGCACUUUUCUGUAAAGCUACAAAGAUUUUUUGAGACAUUCUUCAAAUCCAGUUCCCCUCAGCAAGCCUUUGAUAAUAUGAAAGAAACGAUAAGUAAACUCUUACUGGUAGCUGAGGCAUUCAGUGAAUCACCCAACGUGGAACCAAAGACCUUCAGUAGAUGCAGUCUAUGUUUUCAAAUGUUAACCUUUGACAUUGGGUUCAGCACCUCCACGUAUCCAGUAGUUCUUGAGGUGCAUGAACACUUUGACAUUCAAGUUGAUGACUUGAAUUUUGAGGACCAAACUGUAAAAGAAUUUCUUCUUGAGGAUACGUUCAAGUUUCUCUUGUCUAAUAAGUCUUCAGCUUCCAGUGUCUUUGAGGCUUUACAGAACAUUUACAAAUUAGCUGUGAUUAAGGAUGAAAACUACCGGAAGGAAUAUGAGCAAUGUCUGUCUUUAGAAGAGAUAAAUUCAAUGAUUCAUUUUAUAAAAGAGCUGAAGAGUAUGGGACAAUUUGAACUGCUUUUCCCGUCUUCUGUACCCAAGAUUCAAACUUUGCUGCAUGAUGUUUAUCACAUGGUAGACCCGAUGGGAAAGCUUGGGUCAGUCCUGACAGUACAUUGGUUUCUUUCCAAUUUACUUGAGCAGUUCCAGUUCAUGAAAAAAGAGGCGCGUCCAAAUCUCUCAGGAUGGAAAAUCAAGAAGAGUUCCAGAAACUCAUCUCGGACCAUAAUGAAAUGGUCAAAGCCCAGGAAUUCUUUCCCAGAAAAAGAAGGUGUUAAACAAAGAACUCCUUUCAACGUAAUGAAAAAUCAUAAAGAAUUGCAUUUUUCCAAUGAGACUAAAGAAAGGCAUUGCAGUCAUGAUAAAGAUACCCUAUCUCAUAUCAGACAGAUCUUCACUAGCCCACCUUUGGACCUGAAUCCUAAAUUUAAUCCAAAGAUCAAAGAGUACUACACUGAAGUCCCAUUUGAUGUGGUGACAGUGAAGAUUGGAGCAGAACCCUCUAACUGUCAGUGCCAGGUGCACCUUGAUGAGAGGAAAGGACCAAGUGUUGCUAACUAUCCCCUCGGCCUGGGAAUUAAUAAAAUCGCUAUUCUAGUAACAGAUAACUCGCAUUCCAACUCCGAGGUUGUGAGCAACUAUAAAAUCACUGUCUAUCGAGAAGACCGCCCGAGUCUGCCUUUGUUUGAGGACUAUAUGGUGUGUGGUUUUGUGCAGGACUGUGGUUCGCUAAUUCAGCCGGAGGAAUCCUGUGGAUUACAGCCUCUGUCUCCUGAGUACCUUUCAGCAGUUUCACAGACACAGUUUAAGACUUGUGAAGCUGGGGACACAAAAGGGCAGUGGAUUGUGCCUUGCCUCAGCUGUGCUGACAACAGAACCUGUGACUGGCGAGAAAUAACAUGGCAGCCACACAACUGUCAGUAUUCUGUCCUGACUAAGCCAGAGCUCCAGCAAUGUGUAGAAGGCAGAAAGGUUCUUUUCAUUGGAGACUCAACUAAUAGAGGGAUAAUGUACUAUCUGAUUGAAAGAGCGAAUGAGACCCUUCAGCAAUGGCAAAAGGCUCAUGAUGUUAAAUUUUAUCAUAACAUAAAUUAUGGGAAAACAUUUAUCAGUUACUCCUACUACCCCCAGUUUUGGAUCAAUGUAAACCAGAGGCCAACAUUUGAAAAAGCGCUAGAACAGCUGUUACAAAGAUCACAUCCUCUUGAGAACACAGACCAGACUGUAUUAGUUGUGGGUGGUGUUCAGUGGCUUAAUUCCAAUCACCUGCAAAUUAUUCAAAAGGUGCUGAAGAGGGAAAAUCUAUCAAAUAUCCUGGUAGUUAUCAAAUCCAUAGGAAUGGGAUUUCAUCUACCAGUGGAUGGGAUACAUUCUUUAUCGCAGACUGAAGUGCAAAGUUUAUGGAAUGAAAAUUUGGUUAUUCUGGAUACUGCAAAAAGAUAUGGCUAUGAGGUGGUUGAUACUUUCAUCAUCACAAUGGGACGUUACAAAGAAUUUCUGCAAGGGAAGUGUGGCUGUCAUUUCCACGAGGUGGUGAAAUCCAAAACGUCCAAUGAAAGUCCUCCCAUUACAAUGAAGCUAUCAAGGCCCUAUGUUCUGGGGAAAUAUUUCAACAGCCAAAGCAAACUCUCACAGCUGCAAGACUAUGCAAUGAAUUCUCAGUCACCGUAUCAUGUCAGAGGUCCAAUAAAUCAAGUCUAUUCUGAAAUCCUCCUCAGCAGGAUCUGUGCAAGUAAAAGCAAGACUACUGACUCAUAG